GGUGACGUUAAUGCAGAUAGAAAGGGUAGAAAGUUUAACUUUUUUAGUUUUUUUAAAUGGACGCGUUAGUUGAGAGUUUAUCAAACUCUAAUCUUGAUGACGAACAAGAACCGGCAAGAUCUGUUCAUGCUUCAGACGAUUCCGAAGACGAAUCAAAUGAACAACAAAAAAAAACUGCCGCUUUACUUGCACAUAAUGAACGUAUUUUGUCAAAAUCUUUCACGACUACAACAUAUCGGGAAGAUCAAGAAUUAAAAGCUCAAGAAGAGGAACUAUUAAAAGAUUUUGAAAAUAUUAGUUCUGAUGAAGAAGAAAAACAAGUUUUAAACAAAUAUAGAGAACAAAGAUUAAAAGAAAUAAAGGGUACAGUUACAACCAAUUUAUCAAAAAAAAGAUUUGGCAGUUUAAAAGAAAUUUCGGCAAAUCAAUAUGUUAAAGCUAUUGAUAAUGAACCACCAAAUGUUUGUGUUAUUGUGCAUUUAUAUGAAAACUCAAUUCCACAAUGUAGGCUAUUGAAUGAGUGUUUAAUUUACUUGGCCCGAAAAUUUGUUAAAGCUAAAUUUCUCAGAAUUCUUGCAAGUGAUCUGGAAUUUGAUCCAGUUGGUUUACCGGCUUUAUUAGUUUAUAAAAAUGGCGAAUUAAUUGCUAAUUUGGUUAAAAUAACUGAACAAAUUGGUGAAAUAAAUUUUGAUUCGGAUACUGUAGAGGAAGUUUUGAUCAAAUAUGGGGCAAUUAAUAAAAACGAAGAUAUUGACGAUUUAUAUUUAGAAGAUUAUACAACAUCUCGAAUCUUGGAUGAAGAUGAAGAAUAGUUUUUUUAAUUCUUUUUUUUUCGGUGCAAUUAUUUAUUUAUUAAUAUAAUAUUUUUAAAUGGUUUAAUGUCUUUAUUGUAAUAUUAAAUGUUAUUAUUAUAAAUCAUCUUCAUCAACAUAAUUCGCCAUAGGAUCCUCAUGCCUAAAAUAAAUUAGUAAAUCAGUAAAAUAUUCAGAAUGAAAUAAAGUAUUUUGA